AUGGCCGAGGUGGGGGUGGCGAAAUUCUUUAAACCUUUUAACAUCUCAAUCGCUUUUAAGACUUCUAAUUCCGUAAAGCGAAAUCUGGUUAAACCAUUGGAUAAGCCAGAUCCGCUUUCGAAAUCGGGAGUUUAUAGUUUGCAUUGUGCCGAUUGCCCUACGAUUUAUGCGGGACAGUCCGAAAGGAAAAUUUCAACAAGGGUACAAGAACAUCUAGGUCUGGUGAACAAGUUUAAAGCCACUGAUAUUGUCGAGACCAAGUCAGCGUUUGCCAAUCACUUAUUGUCAACAGGUCAUAAUUUUUCCUACCCCAAUAAUGUAGCAGUGGUUCAUGACUGCCAGAAGGGCAAAAAGCUGGAUCUUCUAGAGAAGCUAGAGAUUACAAGAGCGAAGAAUAGUCCAGUUUUACCUUGGGUUAACAACGUGUUCAAUUUUGAGCCGGGACUCAUUUUUAAUAACAUCUUGUAG